GCCUCAAAGGGGCCUGGCUGGUCUUGAAACUAUGUCAGUUGUAGAGUCGUCCAGGCGGAAGAGGGCCAUACCCAACGCAACGCUCGGAACCACAGUUCGUGCCAUGUUUCUGUACCCGCUUCGCAGGGUCUGAAUGGGGAUAUGGUCGAGGAAACAGGAGACGGCCAGAAGCGAGGGAGCACGGUCUUUUAACCCCGCGACCUUGGACAAGCGUCCCACGACCGACGCAUAGAUACCUCUCGGCCACAAGGAACCGCAUAUUCUGGCUGAGAGAUGGCUAGUCCUACCAGGGCUCAGUUUGUGGAAGCCGGCCGUCCCACCAACUGUCGGGUCUGUACUGGUCAUCCGCUUGUGGCUGCCACGCCGUUGUCUAUAAGGACGCAAUGCGCUAUAUGUCCUGGAAUAGCAACUCAUCAUUUUAGACUCCUUUGGCAACAUGCCUCCUGAUGAGAGUAUCCUGACAGAUGGAGCCGGCCAACGCUCCGCGUCUGCACAUGACGCUCACGAACCUACGCACGAUGCAGGGACGACGAACAGGUCCCCUGGCCCAGCGACAGCCUCGGACAGUGGUCAGCGCGUACUUGUCGUGUUCUUGCACGCAUGGAUUACUGAUUGCCAUGGCAGGCCUGUGCAUUGACCGUGGCGGCGAACCCGCCACAGGUGUGGGCGUGGACCCGCACGUCUCAGAAGAUGAAGCGACGAAGGCUGGUGAGGCCAGCCCGCGCAGUUCGGAGGAGGGCUAUAUCUACCCGCAUCUGCAGACGUCCUUGGAUAGCGAGACGCUGCGGCAGUUGAGGGCCGAGUGGCGAAGUUCUAGGAAGCGCAGAAAGAGGGGGCUACCCGAAACGACGGGUACCACGAGGCCGCGUUCAAGUAAGAAAGGCAAGGGGAAUUUCACGGGUUGCGCGGCAAGGACAUGUGUGGUUACCACGAGAUAGAUGAAUAGAUGAUGCUUAGCGUGGCU